AAUCUCUGGUUAUUUUAGCUGUCUUGGCAAUAAUCAAGACCAAUCAGCAUCAAGGAGGGAAAAGGCUUAGCGUAUAAAUGUACACUGGAAAACACUUUCUCUUAGACACUCCUCAACCUCUCCCAGACAUACAAGAAUAAUACAGAAGAACCUUCACUCUCAUCACCAUGAAGGGAACCUGGGCUGUUGUCUUUUGUUCACUGCUCCUGAUUGCAGCUGAAAUUCAAGGGCAGCUGACCUCGGGACAAGGACGUUGCAGCUGCACAGAGAAAGGUUCUAAUUACAUUCAGCAAAAAGCCUUAGGAAAAAUAGAAGUGAUUCCCAAGAGCUCUUCCUGUGACCAUAUUGAGAUCAUUGCGACAAUGAAGCGCACUGGAGAGCAAAGAUGCUUGAACCCUAAUUCCAAACAGGUACAGAAGAUGAUGACAGCCCUCAUCAAGAAAAGGUCUUCACAAAGCACUUCACAAAGCACUCAUUUCACAAAGGAGAAGAGAUAAAGAUCACUUCAACAGAGUAAUGAGAUUUUAGGAUUUCAGCACUUCAGACUCCCUCUCCAGAGAGCAGUGAACUUGUCUGUUUCCUCCACCUGGCUCUGCAACUUUUAAAAUACAAAUGCUGCGGCUGAGGCAAGUUGUUCCCAACACAAAGUGGUUGCAUACAUGAAGGUAACAUCUGGGUUGUGACAUCAUCUCAACACAGGACAUGUAGUGAGGCAUCUGUAACCUCAGUAAUCCUACUGGCAAACCAGUGACAGUAAAGACCCAGUUUGUCUUUGGGGUCUCCUGGUGGCUAUAAGUGGUAAUAGAUUGCUUCUGCUUAUCUAAUUAGCAAAUAUUUCUUUGAGCCACAUGGAUGGGUUAUCAUAUUAUUAUAAUGAUAACUCGGAGAUAAAAAUAUUCUCAGGUAACACAUACCAAGAAUUCCAAGUUAUUUUUUCUAGCAGGUUUGAAAUUAAUGUAAUUCUUAGAUAUACAUGUUCCAUGUUAAUUUAUAUAAUAUCACAUAUGAUUGUUGUUCUAGGGUAUGUGAAACAUUUGUCCGUAGGCUUUAUAAAUAAAAUUGAAGAAGGCUUAUAAUCUAAAACUAACCACACUCUGUGUUUAACUGAUGUAUAAACAUUUAUUACAUAGAUUAAAUGCAUCUGAUCAUUAUGAAAUGUAAUAUAACAAAUGACUGUAAUAUAAUAUUCACAAACAUUCCUUGUGUUAGAUUUCUUCUUGUAAAGAUAAACCAAUUAAGGGAAUAAAAGAUACUGAAAACUAUAA